GUUAAAAACGAGGCCUUUUCUCUUUCGAUCCUUUGAAAGCAUCGAAACCCUUGACUAUAAACCCUAAAUUCCAAAUCUCGUUGCCUUUUCCCAAGAAUCCCCUGAAUCCAUGGCGGCCUCCAUCACCAAUCCUCUCAUCUGCGGGCAAAUCCGCCUUCAAACCCGCUUCCCGGCUCGCGCUUUGGGGAAUUCUAGGGUUAGGGUUCGUGUUGGAGUCCGCGCGGCGGCUGGACCGGUGUUGGAGAAGAAAGGAGCUGCUAUUGGUGUUGAUGUGGUUUCGGAGGCGGAGCUCAAGGAGAAAGGGCUCAUGGGGUUGCGGAAGACGAAGCUGGUGUGCACCGUGGGGCCGGCUUGCAGCUCCGAUGAAGGAUUGGAGAAGCUGGCCAUUGGAGGGAUGAAUGUGGCCAGGCUCAAUAUGUGCCACAACUCGAGGGAGUGGCAUCAGCGUGUGAUUAGAGCAAUAAGGAGGUUGAAUCAGGAGAAAGGAUUUUGUGUUGCUGUGAUGAUUGAUACCGAGGGGAGCCAGAUGCAUAUGGUCGGUCUCGGGGGUGAUUCAUCCGUCAAAGCUGAGGAUGGAUCAAUGUGGUUAUUUACAACCGAGAAGUUUGAGGGCUAUCGGCCAUGCACAGUUCAAGUGAACUAUGAAGGGUUUGCUGAAGGUAUUUUGGUGGGCGAUGAAGUGGUUGUAGAUGGUGGGAUGGCAACUUUUGAAGUUGUAGAGAAGGUAGGGAAUGAUUUGCUGUGUAAAUGCUCUGAUCCAGGUUUGCUUCUUUCUCGAGCCAAGUUGUCAUUCCGGAGGAACGGUGAACUUGUUGGGAAGAGUGUUGGGCCCCCAACUUUAUCCGCAAAGGACUGGGCUGACAUUGAAUUCGGAAUUUCUGAAGGAGUUGAUUUUAUUGCUGUUUCCUUUGUAAAGGAUGCUAAUGACAUUGAGAAUCUCAAAAGCUAUCUUUCUGAAAGAUCUUCAGAUUCCAUUAAAGUUCUGGCUAAGAUUGAGAGCCUGGAGUCUCUUAAGAAUCUACUUGACAUUAUAGAGGCAUCUGAUGGGAUCAUGGUGGCCCGUGGUGAUCUUGGUGUCGAGGUUCCACUUGAGCAGAUCCCCACCAUCCAAGAAAAGAUAACCCUUAUGUGCAGGCAGCUGAACAAACCUGUGAUUAUAGCUUCUCAACUUCUUGAAUCCAUGGUAGAAUAUCCAACCCCAACAAGAGCUGAGGUUGCAGAUGUUUCCCAGGCUGUAAGACAAAAUGCAGAUGCCUUGAUGUUAUCUGGUGAGUCUGCAGUUGGAUCUUAUGCCGAUAAAGCUCUCUCCGUCUUGCGUAUGACAAGUGGACGCAUGGAACUUUGGAGCCGUGAAGAAAAUCAAAAAAAUCUUUUCCCACCUCAACUGGCAAUAUCCUUGCCCGACCGUGUCACCGAGCAGACUUGCAACUGUGCUGUACAAAUGGCUAACAACCUGGGUGUCGAUGCGAUUUUCGUAUACACUAAGCAUGGACUGAUGGCAUCACUACUCUCUCGUAAUCGUCCGAAUCCGCCUGUGUUUGCAUUCACAGACAAUGCUAAUGCGAGAAUGGCGAUGAACUUGAACUGGGGAAUCAUCCCAUUUGAGCUGCCAUUAUCAGCAGACAUGGAAAUAAAUAUCAAGAAUACAUUCAGUCUAGUGAAGAAGAGAAGCAUUGUGAAUGUUGGAGAUGUUAUUCUGGUAGUCUCUGAUUUGAGCCAUUCCUCUGCUGUUCCUUCUGUUUUCCAGUCAAUUCAGGUCAGAACAAUUGCAUGAUAAUAACAAAACAAUGUUCUCUAUUUGUGUUAUUAUUUAUUCCUCAAACUUAUUAUUUUUUAUUUAUUUACAUAGUUAUGUGAUUUAUUCAAGGGAAAAACAAAAUCAUUAG